AUGUCCUUGAAUCACCAGCAAGGCCCAAUUAAAGUGGAUUAUGUCCUACAAGCAUGUAGGACAAUUGCAGCAAUGUUGUACUUGAUGGCCCCAGCAGAUUGGAUUGGAUUAUCUGUGGGACUCUCUCAGUCCAUCUCUGCAUCUCCCCAAUCUAGGUACAGAAUCAGCAGCAACAUAACAGCAAGAAAUCAGACCAGCUCCUCUGAGUUCCUCCUCCUGGCCUUCUCUACUCACCAAGAACUUUUGUUCCCAUUGUUCCUGGCCCUAUACCUGGCAGCCCUCCUGGGGAACCUAAUGAUCCUUAUUGCUGUUGGCUCAGACCCACACCUCCAUACACCCAUGUUUGUUCUCCUGGUCAACCUGUCCCUGGCAGAUCUGUGCUUCACCUCCACUACAGUGCCCAGGCUCCUCCAUGCCUUGCUCACAGGGGACCAGACCAUUACCCAUUCAGCCUGCCUGUCCCAAGUCUUCUUUUUCCUAAUGGCAGGCAACGUGGACAGCUAUGUAUUAGCCGCCAUGGCAUGGGACCGCUAUGUUGCCAUAUGCAGACCAUUGCACUAUGCUACUGUGGUGACCCUGCCUCGAUGUAUGGUGCUCCUGGGAGCUGUGUGGGUGGGCACAGCCCUGCAUUCUCUGCUCCACACAGUCCUCACUGCUCAUCUCACCUUCUGUAGCAAUCGUGCUCUCCCAUAUUUCUUCUGUGACCUCCAUCCUUUGAUACAUCUUGCCUGCUCUGACACCUCUCUCAACUACAUGAUGGUUAUAGUUGAGGGUGGCUUUGUCAUCAUCAUGCCAGCUAUUUGCAUUAUGGCCUCUUAUGUCUUUAUUGUAGCUGCUGUGUGUAAGAUUCGAGCCCCUGGAGGUUUCCAGAAGGCAUUUUCCACAUGUGGAUCCCAUCUAACUGUAGUUUUGCUUUUCUAUGGAACUGUACUGUGUGUCUAUCUGCAGCCACCAAGCCAAGCUGAGGGCCAAGAGAGAUACCAAGAUCUGAUGGCCACAGUCAUGUUCUCUGUGGUGGCUCCAACACUAAACCCCUACAUUUAUAGUCUACAGAACAGAGAAAUCAAAGCAGCCCUUGUAAAAGUGCUUAUGGGGAGUUAG